AUGGUCCAACGCUCAGCCUCGUCAUCGUCGGCCUUGCCCCGCUUCUUACUAAGUCUCUCAGCCUCCUCCACUUCAUCGCAGCAGCUUCACGGCCCCGCCAAUAAUGUCGACGCACGCUCACGCAUUGUUCCCGCAUCGCCGCCCGACUCUGCCUGCCGGAGCACUAGCCAAGACAUAGAGCUGGUGGCCCUCCAUCCCUGGAACAAUCCUUCGGCCGCUGCGGCUACCCCUCGUAUUGUCAAGCACAAGCGGGCGUCCUUGUCGCUGCCCGCCGUGUCGCCGUCCGCCCUGCCGGAGAGAAAAUCUGCUUCGGGAGACAAGGAUAUCCGACUUGCAAGCCGUGGCAGCUCGGCUAGCUUGGGCCUUUCGGCGGCUUCGACUACUGAUUCGCUGAGGAGGGGGAUGACCCCAAUUGAGCGCCAGAACAAGGCCAAUCAGAUCUGGAGAGACUACUGUAAUAGCCCGGAAGAAGAGGAAGAAGCAAUGGCUUUACCGAAUAACCUGACCAAGCAGCAAAAGUUCAGAGGCGGCGUCUGGGCCGUGGCUUUUGCUGCCAUCAUCAUGGUUGGAACCCUAACCGGCGCACAGCUCAAGUCGGACAAGCAAAAAGAACAGGCCAUCAAAGAGUUCCGCCAGGUUACUCCCACUGAACAAAUCGCCAUGCUCGAGAAGCAGCGAGGCACUCUUGUCGAGCAAAGGGCAGGUUUGCAGAAGAAGCUGGACGUUUUCAGGGAGCGCGUCCAAGAGAGGCAGCAGGAACAGGAAAAGUCCAAGAAACAAUAG